AUGGCACAAUGUCUUCACAAGAAUCAUAUUCUGUUUCAUGUUUAUGAGGCAGAUCCAAAUCUGACUGCCCGCCGUCAAGGAUAUCGCAUUCGCAUCGCUGACGAAGGCAUCGAAGCUUUCAGGCGAUUCCUCUUACCAGAAAAGUAUCACGCCUUGAAGGCGUCCUGCAACACCAUCACCCCGCAUUCUAGCGUCCCCAAUGCGGUGCUGAACGCCAUGACUGGAGAUUCGACAUCCCAUUUGUUCAAGCCAGGGGCGAGUACUCCGAUUCCACCUCGUCCCAAGUUCAAACCUCUAAGUGCAGAUCGUGGCGUGUUGCGACAAAAUCUCUUAGACGGCAUCGAAGACUGCGUCACGUUUGGUCGGGAGUAUCGUUAUUUUACCGAAAGUAAAGACAAGAUUUCUGUGCACUUUGUAGAUGGGCCUGAUGUUGAAGGUUGUCUCUUAAUUGGGGCGGAUGGCGUUUGGUCUCGAGUCCGUCAAAAGUUGCUGCCUUCCUACGAACUCCUUGAAACGGAAGCACGUCUGAUAUUUGGAAAAACAUCCGUCACGGAUGCCUUCUCUAAAAAGUUCUCAAAAUCUGCCUCCGAAGGCCUGACGCUUGUACAAGGCGACACCACGAAGUGUCUGCUUGAGCCAAUGCGCUUCAGCAAAGAGAUUGCAGCUUUGCCAGAAGAUUACGUCUACUGGGUUAUGUUCUUGCGUUGCGAUUCUGAGGCUGUCCCUGCGGAUAUACUAUCACAACCCUUGGAGGAGAUAAAGACUCUUGUUCAGCACCUCACAAAAGACUGGCAUCCGUCACUGGCGUGUGUUUUCGAAACCAGCGAAACUGAAAUUUCAGCUUUCCGAGUUCUUUCAGCAAGCCCAGACAUCCCUAGUUGGGGAGCUGAGGCGCCCAUCACACGAGCCACUCUUCUUGGCGAUGCAGCCCAUGUAAUGAGUCCUACAGCUGCUUUGGGUGCUACAACAGCCAUUCGUGACGCAGCCGUGAUUAUGGAUGCUAUUGAGCAGCACGGACUCAAUUCCAAGGCCCUGAGAUCCUAUGAAGAUCAUAUGCGGGCUUACGCUAAGGAAUCGCUGGAAAAGAGUUUGGUUGGUGGAAAGGCUAUGUUUGGGAUGCGUGUUUUCGAAGACCUUCCCAAGGUAAGAGUCCAGUCUAACAAUGAAAGAGUAGCAUGA